UCGUGAUCCUCUUCUGUUUCAACACGGAAAUAACACUAAUUCUUGCAAGAGGUUGAGGGCAGAGAUGUUUGUGUUUUCUCCAGAUUUCUCAUAAGGGCAGCAGAGAGAGCAUAGUGUGCCAUGACCUAGCCAUGACCUCACAGCAUCAUGAUAUCAAGUCCUCCCAGCAGCACGCCACUCCCAAUGACAACACAUUCUUCACCUCCCAUCGCAACACCCUUGCACACACCCAAGGCACUUUGUAUGGCCAGAGCUUUAGUGGAAGUGAGACAGAUGUGAGCACUUCAACAGAAAAUCUGAGUCCAGAGGAACGCUACGCUUUAGAGCACACUCAACGGCAAGAGCCUCAGGGCCAAGAGAAUGUUGGGAACAUUGCUAACACCAUGGCUAAUUUACAUCUCUCUAGGGCAUCACCAGUAGUGACAAGUGGGGCUUCCAAUGUGUCCACUGUGAGAUCUAAUGAGUGCAAUGCAUCCAUAAGUAGCAGCACCAACACCCUGAUAAUCCACAACUCUGUGAGUGAUGAUCUCUUACAUCAUAGGUGGACUCCUGGUGGCUACUCUACUCCCAUGGCUGCCAGAAAAUCAAUGUCUGCAAGCCUCCUUGAUGGUCAAGAAGGAGGACCUCCCCUAUACAACCCUCAAAUACACCAUCUCAACAUGGAAUCUCUCAAACUCAACUCUCCUCUUCUUAAUUCUUCUGUUCUCACCUCAUCUGCACUAGACUCCUCAUCCAUUAAUACCAAUCUACUCAGUACUUCAUUAAAUUCUUCUAUCUUGGGCUCGUCUGUGCUAACCCAAAAAACAUCUGUUCCUUCAUACCUUAGCCAAAGCAGUAUUCCUCAGUCACCGAAAUUGUCUUCCCGUAUUGCUAUGAAGUACCAAACUGCCACUGACUUACCAGAUAUCCCUUCCUCAUACCUGGAUCAAUCUGAAGUGCUUAAGCAUCUUCUCAAGUGUGAAGGUAAAGGAAGUGGAUGUAGUGAUCAGAGUGCUUCCAGUUCUAACAGUGGUAUCAACUUGAUGACUGAAAAUACUGGCACAAUGAUGAGGGAUUUGUCACGAGCUCCAUUACUGAGUGAUCUGGAUGGCACUGUGAACUAUGACUUACUGAACUUGCCACCUCCUCCAGCAUACCCUAUGUGGAGACUGAAAGAGUCUGAAAAGCAAGAGCAGCAAAUGGAUUUGGCAAAGCAAGGAAUUGAAAAGUCACAUUUAUCAAGGUCACAUCCAGACCUGACGAGACUAAAUAAUGCCAAAGAAGCCACUAGUCCCAAGGAAUUGAUAAAUCAAAGAGUUGUAUCUGGACAGAUUGACUAUGCAGAUGGUCCCAUGCAGGAAAUGGCAGAUAUUUUAGCUCAGGAAAACAAUGCUUUGAAAAUGGAAGUGGAUUUGUAUCAUAGGAAAGUUGCCAAACUUCAGCGGUUUGAAAUGGAAAUCAUCAAAGUACAUGAUGCCCAUGAAGCUCUGGUAAGGUCAUCUGAGCGCCGAGAACAACUAGAGCGGCUUGCACGUCACAAAUUACAUGCUGAGGUUAAGCGCCUCACUGAGUUAAAUGCAGAUCUGAAAGAUCAGGUAGAUGUUCUCUCAACUCAGAUUGCUAACCGUCCUUUGCCAACGGAUAGCAGUGAUGCCCUUCGAAAAGAGCUAAAUAAAAGGGAUGUCUUCAUUGCCCAACUGAUAUCACAGAAUAAGGAACUAAUUGCUGCUAAGGAACGCCAGGAAAUUGAGCUGACUGCCCAAAGACAAACACUUAACGAACAACGAACACACAUAGAUAUCUUAGACUCUGCUCUCACUAACGCUCAGGCUAAUGUGGUGAAACUGGAAGAAGAGUUACGAAAGAAGCAGAAUUUAGUGGAACAAGCAGGACAACUGAAGCGCCUAUUAGUGUCCCUCCAGUUGGCUGCUGAUAGGAGGGAACAAUCCGAGAAGAAUCUUCGCUAUAAACUGGAGAAAGAAAUUGAACAGCUACGUCUUGGUUCUAAACAGGAAGGACCUGGGAGCAAGUUAAGUGACCUGCGGCGAGAGAUACGAGAGAAAGAUGAGAAAAUUAUGAUUCUUGAGGGGGAAGUUACAAAGUGGGAGCAGCGCUACUUGCAAGAGUCAGCAAUGAGGCAGCUUGCUAUAGAUGCUGCAUCCAUGCCCAAAGAUGCCAAAAUUGCUGCCUUAGAAAAAACUAGCCAGGAGAGUGAGCGCCACAUCGCCCAGGCAAAGUCAGACAAACUGCGCCAAUUGGAUGAGAUCCACAGCAUGAGUAAGAAGCAAGCGGAGUAUGAAGCCAGGAACCGCGAACUGGAAAGCCACGUAGCGGAGCGUGAUGCUAUGAUACGUGUUUUGCAAAGACGUGCUGAGGAAAAGGAGGCCUUAUACCAAAAAGUCCUUAUGAGAAACUCACUGAACACUGGAAAAAGCUUGGAUGGUAGAAGCAACAGCAGUAACACAAGUAUGGUCCACAGUAACCAGGCAUCAACAAUUCACUCACACAGCAGUAGUGGGAUAGGGGGAACUGGGGCUGGUUCCAGUACCCCAGGUACACCAAGACGAGAUGAAGAGCUCGGAUGUGCCCCGCCUAUCCCUCCAUUCCCAUCCCUGAGCCACAUGUCUAUGAGUAAUUCUUCUACAAAACAUAAUGCCAUCAAUCCCUACUUGGACCUUGCAUCGCCUUCCUUUACAUCGACAUGCAUUGCUUCCACUUCUGCUUCAUCCACCUCAUCAGUAUCGAUGGGUCUAGAAAAUCAGGCUAGUGGUCGACUGAGCGGGUCUCGUGAUCAUGCUGAUGAACAGAAAAGGAUGGACAGCUGUAGGGGAGCAUGCCAUUCACCUGCAACACUCCCCGACUUGGAUACUUUGAGUUCAGACGACCUUCUGGGUGAUGUUGAUGAUGGCAUGCACGGAAAGCUGCGUGUGGUGUGUUUUCCAGGACUGGCUCAUUCUAGCUCUACAACUGGAGAAGGCACGGUACCCCAGCCACUACUGGCGUGUGUAGAGCCUCAUCCUUCCUUGCUCCCAUCCCCUCAACACCCAACCAGUGAUCUAUCAUAUCUAGGCCUCAAUAGGGGUUUGGAUUGUUCCUCCUUGGUCCACGCCCAUCCACACAGUGAUGCUCCUGCCCUCUCCUGUCCACCAUAUGAUCCUCCACCAUCGUAUCCUUUGGAGGUCACAAGUAAGGUUCCUCCUCCACCCUCAAGAGACAUUUCAUCCAUGGCAGCUCCACAGUCACAGACUCAAGUGGGGCAUGAAGCAACACUGCAGAAUGUGAAUGUACGACCUGCAGGCCACCCACGUGGUGAUCCUCCUCCUUACCAUGGUCGUCAUGAAGUAUUCUCUCAGCAGUAUGGAGGCACAGGAUUACAACCACCACCAGUUAAUACUACUGAGCAGUUACCUGCUCCACUAAUACCAGGCAGCCCACCCAUGAAUUUUAACCGUCGAAGGGGUCCUAAAAUGUCUCCUAGUGCCCCAAAUCUUGCUACUGAUAUGCCUGUACCUCGACCUCCCAUGUGUCGUAACCCACAUCACCCAACAGUCGCUUGCAGGAAAUGUAACAGUGUUCGUAGUAGCAACAGGCAGAAUGCUGCUAUCCUAGUUCGUCGGGCUAACUCAAGUGCAGGUCACACUUACAGAAAUUCCGCACCUCUUGCAGCAUGCCAGGCAGGCCUCGACACUGACGAUGCCCCAAGUAUCCUGGCUCGUCUCAGAAGAGAAUGGGAAAUGGGAAAUAUCCCAUCAUUUGGAAACAACUCAGUCCCACAGAGUUUGUCAUCUCAUACUGAGACUCAAUCAAAACCUUUCACUUCAAAUGCCACUGCUAGAGAUAAACAGUCUCAAAAUUCUACUGUAACAGAUUCAUCACAAGAACCUUCUAAAGAGAAACAGUUACAAAAAGAGCAGUCCUUACAACAAAACUUUACAUCAAAUGAAGCUGUAAAGAACCAACAGCAUCAAAAUCAACAUACUUCAGAGAAAACAAUUAAUAAUCAAGAGCAACAAACACAAUCAUCAAUAUUAAGAAACUCUUCAUCUGAUACAAAGAGUCAAAAACAGCAGACAUUAACAGUAUUAACUAACACAAGACAUGAGCAAGUGACUGGAUCAAAAUCCAAUUUACCUAUUUCUACCAUCCCUCUUUCCAGUCAGAGUACUAACCUCUCCCAAUCAACAUCAUCUGCUAAACCCAACCUUUCUAGUAGGGUACAGAACUUAUUUAGUUCACCAUUAAAUCUGUCUGACAUUUCCAACUCUAACACCAUCACAACAGAUGCCAAGAAUAAUACAGUAUUUUCUGUAAACAAUAAAGUUUCAAGCCAGGAUCAGACAGCUAAGAAAAAUGAUAUAAAUCAACUUAAUAAUAACCAGGAGGGUAAAAUAGAGUUAAUAAUUUUAGAAGAUACAGAUCAACUGAAAACAUCAAAAGAUAUCACUAAACCUUUGCAGGAUAUUAUAUGAUAUACAAUGAUUUCUUAAAUUUGUCUGAAAGUGUACAAUCACUUGGUUGAUUGGAUUUUGACCCUGUGAUAAGUUGCUCCUCUGAAUGCCCCAUGUACAAUGGAGUUAGAAGAGUUGUCUGGAUCAUCAACUUGAUCCACAACAAGAUCUUCAAAUUGAGGAUGUCUUCAAGAUCUGAUUCACAGUAUACAUGGAAUCCUGUUUGUGAUUCCUUGUUAUUUGGAGAGGUGAUACUCUCUGUACUGAUGUGAUGAUACAGGUGCCCUUUCCUAGAGCUCUGAGGCUACAGUUGAAAGAUAUCGGUCCGUCCAAAUCAAUCCCGACUCAGUAUUUUAGUAUUGGAUCAUGUGAUCCUGUGACAGUUUAUUGAUUUUAUGUACAAUUUGUCAUUGUGGCCAAGAUAAAACUACCUGUUUCUUAGAUUUGAAAUAUGUAAAUCCUUCUUUUAAAUACAUUACAAUUUCAGGGUAAAUUGUAUUGUAAAUUUGAACAGCCCACAUCUUGACAUUUUGAUAACUAAUCAAGUCUAAUCUGAAGACUUUAUUUUCUUAUCAAAUAGAUAUUUAAUUGAAUAUCCAAACUGACACGGAAUUAUUUUUGUUGGACUGUAUAUAUUUAGAAUACUUGGGGAAGAUUGACUUUUCCUAUUAUAGUCACCUUGGCUUUAAGUGGUUAUAUUGAUGUAUUGAUUUUUUUUUUUAUGUGAUCUUGAAAACUGGAUAAUUGGUAAAGAUGCUGCUGAAGAAUGGUUUGCUGUUUUGGUCAUUGCUAAAUUUUCCCAUUUACAGUAUGUCUGAUGUGACAAAGUCUUUCAAGAGAUUUUUUUUCUUUUGUGAUAAGACGUCUGAAGUUAGCAGUAAUGAACAAACUUGCUGUCAUACAGGUUGUCAGUUGGUGCCAUGGUUGCAAUUGUCAAUGGAAAUUUUGUGCCAUUACUGUUGUGUGAUGGUCUGUGCCUAGUGAAGAAUAUCUUACAUUGGUGCUAUUUUGAGUCACGUGUCCAAGUAAUAUUAACAAUAGAAAUUAGUACUGUAUAUUCAUACAUGUAAGGUAAUGUUUCUUGUUUAUAUAGAUCUGUAUCUCGAUUAUCUUGGUAUUUCUUUUUACUCAGAUUUAUGGACAGUUCACACGAGUAGCAUUUGUUAAAAGCAAUUCAGCAGAGAACUGUUAAUAAAUAGAAAAAAAUGAUCUCCAGGACAGUCAAGACUUUUAUAUACUGCAAAUGUACAUUGAAGGAUCCAGUGUACAGUUUGUUAGAUAAUGUGUAUAUCCAGUUAUUUAUGACUGCAUUAUUGGUGGAUUUAUUUGUAAUUUUUUUUAAUAAGAUGCACAUGAGAUUUUUUAAUAACUUCAAAUUGUACUUUUUUAUGCUUUAUUUCUAAUAGAAAGGGUUGAUACAGCAGUGUGUAAUAAGAGGAUGUUCUGUUACUUCUGAAAUUUAGUUUUCCAGUUGUGAAAUACUGUACUGUAUAUCUGUAAUUAUCACCCAUAAGCCUAACUGUACAGUAGAUUAUGAUCAAUUUUCACUUGGAAGCUGAAGUGGAUUAAAUGUCUCCUUAUACUGUAGUCUUGCAUUAAAAGCUAUGCAGUGUGAUAAUGGUAUUCUUCUGUGAUACUGGGUAUUUACUUGGUUAUGUCUUUGAGCAUUAUAUGGUUAAAUCAUUCAUAAGAUUGGGAAAUGUAUUGACAUUUUGUUAUCAAGUAGUAAGUGUAAAUGUGCUUUCAUUAGUGUUCUGAGAAUUCUCUUAACCAUUUAUGCAUAAAUGGGAGACAUAUCACAUUGGGUUUAGAAAAUAAUAAUUUGCUACUCCCACAUUCCUGAGAAGCCAGGUUUCAUCUUGAUGCUGAGGUGAGUUGGCAGUGUCACUCACUGUGGCAUGCACAGAGCUGGCCUCUGUCAUCUAAGUUCCUGCACCACCUGACCCUUCCUUGCCCAAGUGACUGCCACCUCACUCGCUGAAUUAUGUAUUUUGUAUUAAUUUUAACCCUCACACACAUGCCACAAAUUGCGUCAUAUCAUUUGCAUUGGUGUCAUGAAUCGUGUCAUAAAACGUUAAAAGUUUAAUGAUGCGAUUCAUGUCGCCGAGGCAAAUAAUUUUACAUGAAUUGCUUCAUUAAACUUUAACCCUCUAGCGCAUCAUGAUGCAAAUCGCGUCAAAUCAUAUUCAUCAGUAAUGCAAAUCACGUCAUUAAACUUUAAAGUUUGUUGAUAUGAUUCACUGUCACCAAUGUCUAUGAUUUGAUGUGAUUUGUGUCAUGAUGCGCAGGAGGAGGGUUAAUGACUAAGUUACAAGUAGGAAAUGCCCUCAAUCUUUCAAACUCAAUAAAGAGUAACUGUAAAUUUAUAAACUUAAGCACUACAUAUGUGGGUCAACUGUGUUUUUGCAGUCAUUUAUCAGGAAUUUAUUUGUGCCAAUUGUCUCCCAAAUUAGACUAGUGUAGUUUAUCAUUUUUUUUUUUUUUUAACAAAUGGAAAUAAUUCGGUUCCAAACCCAGUAUCACAUUUCUAUACCCAAUGGCUGCACAAUGGAUUAGCUAAGGAAAAAAUCUCUUAAAUGAUUUUUUGUUAACUAAGAAACAUGGGAAAAUCAUGGACUACCAUUAUCUUUGACUAGCAAAGUUUAAUAUUGCUUCACAUGCUUUUCAUAUUUCCCCAGUUGAAUUAUUCGGGAGUCUUAUCCAUGAUCAGAAAAUUUCAAUAUACAGUAGUGUAUGUGGAUGAAUUAUAAUUCAAAAUAUAUCUUUGAUGUUACUUUAUGCUGUAAACAAUUUAUGUUUAAUAAUGUAUUUAGUAAAGCAUACAAAAGUGAAACACUUCAGCCUUUUGCAUAAAAUUGGGACAGCAUGAUUUUAGUAUCGUAUGAAAUAUUACUCUGAAAAGAAAAUAUACUUGUCGCUGACAUAUAUAAAUUAGGUUGGCUCAAAAAAAUUAAAAUAAAAAAAAAAUUUGAAUUGUCAUAUUAAUAUACAAGUCUGCAUGGACAAAAUCAGAAAGAUUGGACAGUACUGCAUUAGAGACCCCAACACACUCAUUUUUUUUUAUUUGAUAAAUCUAAAUGUCUAUGAGGCCCACUUUAAAAUUUCUAUAUAAGCAUUGUCACAUUUCUCAUUAAAAAUUGCUGUACGUAAUUGCCUAUUUAAUAAUUUUCAAAAGUACAGUUAAUCCUUUUGUUUUCAAUUUAUUUUUUAAAUGAAUUUGUAACUAGGUACCGGUAAACACAUUGGGCUUUUUAUCUCUCUCUAUGAAAAAUUAGACAUGGUUAGGACCUCUAAAUACUGUAUUAUCCAAUUUUUCUGUAUUUUUCUUGCAGACUUUUUAUUUUGACAUGGAACAGAGGCAGCCUUGUUGAGAAUGACAAUUCAAACUUUUUUCUGGAGGGCCAACCAAAUAUGCAGUUUAUAUAAUGCGAAUGAUCCACAAAAUCUUGAGCUGGUGACCUAAGGAUGGUUAUUGCAUCAAGUGUAGAAGAAUAGUUAAGUCCUAGUAUAAUGUGCUCAUGAUUAUGUGUAAAUGUAGUGUAUCUUUUGUAUAGGAUUUUCAUUUAAUGUCUUAGUAUUAGAGCUUUGGUUUAUGUUCCUGUUUUAUUUCAACCAAAGAAGUUAAUGGCUUAUGAUUCGAGCUGUAUUUAGUUCUUUUUGUCUGCAUUUUUGCUAUCAACAGCCUUGCACUACUUUCAGAGCAAAUAAUAUAUCCAAGAUAUGAAUCAUUAAUUUUCAAUUUGACUUUUUUAAAGGGAUGAAGACCUACUUUAUUCUCAAACAGUGUUUGUUUUCUGUUAGAACAUGAAUAUACACAAACAUAUACACAAAUUUGCAAAAUAAUUCAAAUACUGUACUAACAAAAAAUUAUUGGUUUAAAAUUUUUUACACAGUGCACAAAUUAAAAUUAUAUCCACCUGGAUGGAGAGAAAAACAAGAGAGUAAGAAAGCAAGAUGUAAAUUUAAUGGUUCCAAAUUUAUUACCGAUGCCAAAUUUCUGUUUGGCGUAUUUUUACAUGCAUGAGUCCUGAAAAUUUUACAAAUGAUUCCAAAGAUAAAUCUUAAACCAGAAAAAGACAUUCUAAAAUCUAUGAUGUGCAUUGCCAACAGUAUUUACCUACAUUAUUCAAGAAAGAGGACAUGGUAAUGUCAGUUAAUGGGAUCAUACAGUGGUCUGUUUAAACCUGGUCACUCUUGUCAUUAAACACACUGACCUGAUUAUAUAUAUAUAUAUAUAUAUAUAUAUAUAUAUAUAUAUAUAUAUAUAUAUAUAUAUAUAUAUAUAUAUAUAUAUAUAUAUAUAUAUAUAUAUAUAUAUAUAUAUAUAUAUAUAUAUAUAUCAACAGGUAAUGUUGUAAAGGCUAGAUACCUGACUCAGCAGGAGCACCAUGUUGAUACUAAGUGGCAAGUUAGUAUGCUUUUGUGUAGAAAUUUGACUGAUUUACAUUGUAAGGGUUAAACUGUAUUUGAUAAGAUUAACUUUUCAAACAUAAUAAUAGUUGUUGGAUUUAUUUUUGAUGGACUUUUUUGUAUUAAAGAGGACCAUGUAUAGAUUUGGUUAGUCAAGCAUAACAUUUACAGUUCAUGAUUUGAAACAAAAAACUAAUUAUCAAAACUAUUGAUCUCAAUGUGUUGGAUAUAUUCCCACCAUUGACUCAAGACAGUACAUUAAUAGUCACAAAGAGUUAUUAUCAUGUCUUUAUAACUUUGUAGUGAUGGUGUAUUAUGCAUGAUUAAUUCAUGUCAGAUUGAUAUUUUUACCAUAUGAUCUGCUUCUAAGGCCCAAGCCUUUCUGUAUUUACCGUUUCAUUUCUGAUAUAGUGCUAUUUUAAAUCUUUUAUUUGACUUUUUAUUUGUAGUAUUUUAUUAAUCUAUGAUAGUUUCUUCAAAAGAUGCAGAAAUGUCUGCUGUGUCUUCCAUGUAAUCACCGAAUAUUACUUGUAACUAUGAAAAACUAAAGCAAAUUUUAGUAAAACUCAACACUGAUACCAUAAGUUUUGAAAAAUAGCAUUAAACUGUACCAUUCACAAUGGACUUCUUAUGCUAAAAAUAAAUGGUGAGGUUGUAAUGAAUCUCAUUCUCAAUCAUUAAUAAAAAGAAAAGGAUCUGAAGAUUGUGUAAGCUUUAAUUAUUGAUAUUACUUGUUUGACAGUCUCUUGGAAGGGCAUUAUAUUAUAUUUUUGUCUUCCUUGAUACAAUGGCUAUGUUUCAAAUAGAAAUAAAUGAGGUAGCAGAA